AGAAGAACGGCUUGCUUAAAUGAAACUAAGAAAAAGAAACCUUGGAAAGUGCAGUUUAUUGAUAGGUAUACAGGGCAUUAGUACUGCGGGUUUUGCUUAUCUCAAAUAUUCACGCAGAUAAUAUUAACCAACGCCUCUAAAUACGUUUCUUGAUGGCGUAUUACAAAAAAGUACAUGUCUGGUAAUACGAUUGGUUUAUUACGUGAUACAUUUGGAUUUGUCAGGGAGCUAUUUUCGUAACGUUAUACUCUUUUUUUUUUGUUAUUCCUGCAAUCGUCGGCAAAACAGUUGUAAUUUAACGUUACUGCUAUAAUUAUCAGUCACAAUGAAAGCUAAUUUCAGCAUAUUCAUCGUGUAUUUAAGUGUGUUUCUUAUCUGUGCCCACACUGAAAAGUUUCCUGUGGCUCUCAUCAUUAAGGAGGACUGGAAUGAUUUUAAUAAUGCAGAGGACGCUCAUGAGCCUGAUCCUAAGGAUUUUGAUGUGUUUGAUCCGAGCCCCAAGUGGCAGACUCUCAAACCAGGUCAAGCUGUUCCAGCAGGCUCUCAUGUCAGGUUGAAUCUUCAGACAGGGCAAAGAGAGGCCAAGCUUGGAGUUGAAGAAUACCUUCCAGGUAGAAAGAGUACGCAAGGAUCGCUAAACAAGAAGACCCCUCUAUUCACAUCUCAUGAGUUAAAACAGGCUCUGAAGAAGUUUAAAGGAGUGGAUGACACUACAAAAAAGGACUCAGAGCAGGGCAAGGAGUCUCCACAAGCUCUGGUUCGUUCAGUGGAUGAACUCAAAAGAGACUUGGCCAUGUUGGACUUGCUGGUGGAAACGGAUGUCCAGAUUAUGAGCAAACUUUUGUCCAAAUUCAGCAGCAUUAACACUACCAUGGACCAAAAGGUCGCUGCUCUACUUGACUUAGAGUACCUUGUUCAUCAGGUGGAUAAUGCACAUAACCUGGCAUCAAUGGGUGGAAUAGAUCUUGUAAAUGAUGCUUUAAACAAUACAGAGUUUAGACUUCAGGAAAGUGCUGCAUUUGUACUUGGAUCAGCUGUUUCUAGUAACCCAUCUGUCCAAGUUGUGGCUUUAGCGUGUGGCACCUUACAGAAGCUAUUGACUAUGCUUGCAACCCCACGACCAAUGUCCGUUAAGAAAAAGGUGUUAUUUGCACUGGCAUGUCUGUUACGUCACUUUCCUCCUGCUCAAAGUCAGUUUGUAAAGCUUGGCGGAUUGCAGAUAUUACUUGAGCUAUUCCAGGCACAAGGAGCUGAGAGUCUCCGUGUGAGGAUUAUCACAUUGCUCUAUGACAUGAUUACCGAGAAGGAGAUGAUGUCUCAAACUCAGUCUACUCAUCAGGAACAUUUGCAGCAAUAUAACGACAUCUCGCUGUUCCCCAUGCUUGUGGAACAGGGGUGGUGUAGCCUGGUGCCAGAAAUUCUGGCCUCUCCCAAGCAUGACUGGACAGAGAAGGCUUUGCAGACACUCCUGGCCAUGAUGCCCCACUGUCAGAUGCUGUAUCUGCAGAAUCCUACUCUGAGCACAUAUCUUAGUGUUCUGCAGAAGCAAUACAAAGAGCUUGCCCUUAGAGAGAGAAGCCUGGGAGAGGACAUUGGUUACUUUGGGGAGAUUUUGGUCCUUGUGGACACUGUAAUGACGAAAAUGCACAAAAGGAACUAAAGGCACUAAAGCUCUGUGUUUUUUUUUUGUUUGUUUGUUUGUUUUUUAAUUAUUGUUUGUUUGUUGGGGGAGGUGUGUGCACAGUACUGUGCAAAAGUCUGAGGCACAUGUAAAGAAAUGCUGUAGACCAAAAAUGGCUUAAAAAAUAUAAUGAAAUGAAAUGUUUCAAUAUUUAAAAAAAAAAAUACUAUAAACAGCAGUAAGCCAUAAUAAUUGAAACACAGUCAAUAUUUGGUGUGAAAUGACCCUCUGCUUUAAAAAAAAAAACAAUAGUAAUCUCUGGUACAUUUAGUGCAGUUCUAUAAAGAAAUGAGCUGUUGGCUUUACUGAGCAUCUUGCAGAACCAACCACAGUUCUUCUGGACACUUUGUCACACUUGCUGCUUAAUUUUACAGCAAAACCCAGUAGCCUUCAUUAUGUUUUCUUUUUUAAUCUGAAAAGUGGUCUCCUAUGUAAUAUGCUGCUCAGAUACAAACAUUUUUUUUUCUGUAGCAUUUAAUUUUCUGCUGGAAAACAAACAUCUGGAACUCUAAAAUGUUUUUAUUCUGACUUGAUUUAAUGUACAGGUAGAAGUUCAUCUCAUCUCAUUAUCUCUAGCCGCUUUAUCCUGUUCUACAGGGUUGCAGGCAAGCUGGAGCCUAUCCCAGCUGACUACGGGCGAAAGGCGGGGUACACCCUGGACAAGUCGCUAGGUCAUCACAGGGCUGACACAUAGACACAGACAACCAUUCACACUCACAUUCACACCUACGGUCAAUUUAGAGUCACCAGUUAACCUAACCUGCAUGUCUUUGGACUGUGGGGGAAACUGGAGCACCCGGAGGAAACCCACUCGGACAUGGGGAGAACAUGCAAACUCCACACAGAAAGGCCCUCGCCAGCCACUAAUGUAGAAGUUAUAAAAUGGAAAUCUAUAACAAAGUUUGUAUGAAAAAAAUAGGGUGCCUAAGACUUUUGCACAGUGCUGUGUAUAAGGUGGACUAUAUAUAAUUGCUUGCAAAAACUGAGCCUUUUGGUGCAUUCUUCUUCUAUACCCAGUCUUGAUACCCUCACCUGUUACCAAUUAACCUGUUUAUUGUGGAAUCUUUCAAAAUGGUGUUACUUGAAUAUCUAUAAACUUUUCAGUCUUAUUUUCCCUCUGUCCCAACUUUUUUUUUUAAGUGUGUUGAAGGCAUCAAAUUCUAAACUUCGUUUAUAUUUACAAAAUACAAUUAAGUUGGUCAGUAAAAC